AUGACAGAUGUAGUUGAGACACAGCUGCUCAUCAACAAUAAACUGGUUCCAGCAAGCGAUAAUGGCUCGUUCGAGCUCCUCUCUCCACAUACUGGGGAGCUUGUUGCGAAGGUCGCAGAAGCAACCCUCGACGAUGUCAACGCCGCCGUCGACGCUGCCCAAGCCGCGUUUCCCGCAUGGAGUGCCCUCUCUCCAGCAGAGCGUGGCGCACCGCUCAAGAAACUAGCACAACUGCACGUAUCAGAAAAGGAUGAACUCGCUCAACUCGAUGCCAUCUCCAUGGGCAAACCGAUCAGCACGCACGCUGUCGAUGUCAACUAUGCCGUGACGCAGUACAACUACUUCGCCGAGGCUGCGUAUCCGCAAGGUCGCACCAGCUUAAACACGCCGGGGUUUUUGAACAUGAGCCUGCACCAACCAUUUGGUGUCGUUGCGGUCAUCAUCCCGUGGAACGCGCCGUUGAUAUUCUUCUCGAAAAAAGUCGCGCCUGCGCUGGCAGCUGGGAAUUGCGUUGUGGUGAAGAGCAGCGAGAAGGCACCGUUGACAUCUUGGAAAGUAUCGCAGUGGAUCGAGAAGUGCGGGUUCCCUCCUGGUGUCGUAAAUGUGCUCUCGGGCCACGGACAGACCUCAGGGCAAGCUCUGGCUGAACAUAUGAGAGUGCGCGCUUUAUCUUUCACCGGCUCGACCCGCACAGGUCGCGCUAUUGCCAUUGCGGCCGCAAAGUCGAAUCUUAAGAAAGUCGUCUUCGAGCUCGGCGGCAAGUCGCCAUCCCUGGUCUUCGAAGACGCAGACAUCGACCAGGCAGCGAAAGAGCUGGAACUCAGCAUCAACUCCAACUCUGGCCAGGCCUGCUUCGCCAGUAGCAGAAUCUACGUGCAGGACAGCGUCAAAGACGAGUUCAUCAAGGCAUUCACACGCAUAGCCAGCGCGCGGAAACUAGGCGACCCAACGAGCCCUGCCACAAACCACGGUCCGCAAGCCGACAGAACCCAGUUCGAAGCCGUGCAGAAGUACAUCGCGCUGGGCAAAGAAGACGCCGGCACGACCAUCGACACCAGCCCCAGCGCGCCCAACAACACCGGCACGUCCCCCCACCACAUCCACCCCGUAAUCUUCACCGACGUGCCCGAGACGUCGCGCCUCACAAAAGAAGAAAUCUUCGGCCCCGUCGUCGUCAUAAACACCUUCGCCACCGAAGCCGACGCCCUCGCCAAAGCAAACGACACCGAGUUCGGCCUGUACGCGUCGCUGUACACACGCGACCUGGAACGGGCGCUGCGCGUGGCCAAGAAGCUCGAGAGUGGCAUGCUGGGCGUCAACUGCACCAGUCCGACGAACUGCUGGGAUUUGCCGUUUGGUGGGUGGAAGGGCAGUGGGACGGGGAGGGAGAGCUUGUUGGAGAGUAUGGAGCAUUACCUCGAGGUGAAGAGUGUGUAUGUGAGGGUUGGGGGGAUUGGGGGAUCGUGA